AUGACCUCGCAGCGCACCCGCGACCGCCUGGUCGCCCGUCUGCGCGAGAAAGGCAUAGUCAAUGAGCGCGUCCUUGCGCAGAUAGCAGCAGUGCCGCGACAUCUGUUUGUGGAUGAGGCGUUAUCCCAUCGUGCCUAUGAAGAUACUGCGCUGCCGAUAGGGCAUGGGCAGACCAUCUCGCAGCCGUUUGUGGUUGCUUUAAUGACCCAGGUGUUGCUCGAGGUUGGCCCCCAUAAAGUGCUUGAAGUAGGCACCGGCUGUGGCUACCAGACCGCCAUCCUUGCGCAGUUGUGUCGCCAGGUUUUUACCAUUGAACGCAUCGAAGCCCUGGUACCCCGUGCAAAACAGAGGUUGCAGCGCCUCGGGAUACGUAAUGUGGUGGCUAAAUUCGGCGAUGGCUAUAAAGGCUGGGAUGCCCACGGUCCCUUUGAUGGCAUCAUUGUCACCGCGGCGCCAUCAGAAGUGCCGCCGGAACUGCUUGCGCAGUUGGCUGACGGUGGUCGCAUGGUGUUACCGGUUGGCGGCGAUGCGGGACAGGAACUGCGAGUGAUAGAUAAGCGCGACGGUGUGAUCACCGAACGUGUGCUCGACAGGGUAAGGUUUGUGCCGUUGCUCAGCGGCAUUACCGCAGAACAAGCUAAAACGCCACUUUCACUGUUCAGCAUUGUCUGGCGCGGUUUGCUGAUGGGCCUGGCCGAGGUGGUCCCGGGUGUGUCUGGUGGCACAAUGGCCUUUAUCACCGGUAUUUACCACGAGCUUGUUCGAUCUCUGGCAAGUUUCGGUCCGAGUUCCCUGCGUCUCUUAACCCAGCCGCUGGCGUUUGCUCAACAGCAUAACCUGCGCUUUCUGUGUGCUCUAGCUGGCGGUAUGCUGGUCGGUGUUCUGCUCUUUGCACAACUGAUGAGCUUUCUGCUUGCACACUUUCAGCCGGUUGUGUGGGGUUUCUUCAGCGGGGUGAUCGCCAUGUCCGUGGUCAUUAUCGGACGUGCACGUGCGCCGGUGACACUGCUGAGCUACGGCGUUGUGGGUCUGGUUUGCGGUAUCGCGCUGCUGUGGCUGCCAACUACAAAUACGGUGGCGCAGGUAACAGCAGAUAAGUGGCUUUCGCCAGCCGAAUAUACCAUAGCGCACGGUACAUCAUCCUACGUGCUGAUCACCGCUGCUCUGAAGCUGCUCCUGGCGGUGAGUAUGGGAUUGAUACUCAGCGGUUGUCUGUCGCCAGGCAAACCGCUGAUCGCCGAGCGCUCGCCGGCUUAUACCUCUGGCCCCUACGGCAGUGGGGAUUCGCUGCAGAAAUCUUAUGUUGUACAGAAAGGCGAUACGCUCUAUUCCAUCGCCUGGCGUUUUGAGCUUGAUUACAAAGGCCUUGCCCGCGCUAAUGGUGUGCGUGCUCCGUAUCGUAUUGUGCCCGGUCAGAAAUUAUCGCUGGUGACCCAGCUUGCGCCUUCUGCACGCGUACGCACCCCGGUAGCCCCACCUCCUGCUGCUGCAGCCACUAAGCCGAAACCCAGCACCCGCAAACCACCUGCGACGAGACAGCCCGAUGCCGCGGCAACAGUUGAGCUUGCCAGAACGUGGUCGUGGCCGCUUGAGAUCAAGCCCUAUGCAGAAUUCGGUGGCAACAACAAAGGCCUGGAUUACCGCCUGGGUGACGACCUGCGUCGCAGGAUGACGGUGCGCUCAACCAAUGCCGGUGAAGUGGUCUACGCGGGCAAUGGCAUCGGCGGCUUUGAACGUCUGGUCAUCGUCAAACACAGUGCCAGCCUGCUCAGUGCUUAUAGCUUCGACGGCACCCUGCGGGUGGAUGAGAAGCAAAAUAUUAAAGCUGGCAGGGAAUUGGCCGACAUAAAGAACAGAGGUCGGAGUAAGCAGUCAUUACAUUUUGAGUUGCGCAAGGAUGGGCAACCCAUAAAUCCAAGGCAAUUUCUGCGUUAG